AUGGCACCGAUUGCCUCGCUCAGCGCAGCCGCUGCCGCCUCCGGAAGUGCCAAUGUCAGUUCGCGCAGCUCGCCUGCGAUUGGGGCGUCCGCGGUCCCCUCAUCCUCGAAGCCGAAGCACAAGGUCAACUCCAACGGCUAUCAUCCUACGAAUCCACCCGUGCCACUGAGCUCCAUGGUCAGCGCGCCAUUGGAUCUGACCUCGGUCGAGAGACGCGGCCAGCCCACGGCGGUGCGGGAGCCGCUCAAGAAGAAAACACGACCACACGGCAUAUCAGAAGCCCCAACCUACUGCCCGACAGAAUACGAAUGGCGUGACCCGCUGCAAUAUAUCCAAAAAAUUACCUCCGAAGCAUCUCAGUAUGGCAUCUGCAAAAUUAUUCCACCCGAUUCAUGGAACCCCGAAUUUGCAAUUGACACUGAAGUAUGUGCUGUUGCGCCGACAUGGCGUCUACCCCUCGACCUUUAUCGCCUGAAGAAAGCCGUCGAAUCUAGAGGUGGAUUCGAUAAACGAUGGCUUUGCCCUUACGAAGACUAUCUGCGACUGGCAAAACCUGGAGUUCACCAGCAACUUGAACAAGAGUAUGGCGGCCCUUUAACACCGAGCCCCGCACCGACGCCCGUGAAGCGAUCUUCAGUCAACACCCCGAGCAGCGCCCGAGGAGCCUCACCUGCCCGACAAGCAUCGGAUGCCCUCCAGAGCAGCGUCGCUGGUAAAAGAGAGAUGGAUCGAGACACCCCCAUGGCCGAUGCGCCGCCUGCUCCCACCUCAGCAGGACCCACCUCUGGAUUUACAGCCAUCAACACCAACGGCGGCUUCACUGCAGUCAAUUCGGGCUUCACCAGCGUCAACCGUUCCACCAAUGGUGAUAGCAAGAGUUACACCCCAGACUCUAAGCGAUACGACAGCCCCUCCACUUCUACAAGAAAUACCCCCGAAGCUCGGCCAUCGGGGCUCGGCUCCGCUGUUGCACUGAAACGGCAAUUGAGCGUCGGCAGCCCAGCAGACUCAAUCAAGAAGGAAGGGGAUACCGAUAAGGAUGACGCUGAUAUGGCCAGCCGGCGCAGCAAGCGCCUCAAGAAGGAUAACGUGCCUACAGUGGCCGGUUCGCACAUGACCGUGUUUCGCCCCUCUGUCCCCAGAAUUCCCCGGGAAGAAGGCACUGCUGCCGGAAACAAGUGCGAGAAUUGUGGACGCGGUGAGGACGGCGGACCUCUGCUUGUUUGCGAAUCUUGUGACCAUGCGUACCACGGCCCUUGCCUUGACCCCCCGCUAAAGCGAAAGCCCGAGGCCGAGUGGAACUGCCCGCGGUGCUUGGUGGGAGACGGCCAGUUUGGGUUCGAAGAGGGCGGCUUGUAUUCGCUGAAACAGUUUCAACAAAAAGCAAACGAUUUCAAGCAGGGCUAUUUUGAGCAAAAGAUGCCCUUUGACGAGACUCUUCAUUGCCAUAGGCCGGUCACUGAAGAAGAUGUCGAAAGCGAAUUCUGGCGCCUGGUGGCAGACUUGGAAGAGACUGUCGAAGUUGAAUACGGUGCUGACAUCCACUGCACCACACACGGCUCGGGCUUCCCUACCGUCGAAAAGCAUCCGAAUAACCCGUACGCCACUGAUCCAUGGAAUCUCAAUGUUCUGCCCUUCCACCAAGACAGCCUCUUUAGACACAUCAAGUCUGACAUCUCAGGCAUGACCGUGCCUUGGGUGUAUGUUGGCAUGAUCUUUUCAACGUUUUGUUGGCACAAUGAAGACCACUAUGCCUAUUCAGCCAACUACCAACACCUGGGCGCGACCAAAACGUGGUAUGGCAUACCUGGAGAAGAUGCCGAGAAGUUUGAAACGGCCAUGAAGGAGGCUGUGCCCGAGCUGUUUGAGACCCAGCCGGAUUUGCUCUUCCAGUUGGUUACACUUCUCACGCCAGAGCAGCUGAAAAAGGCAGGCGUGCGCGUCUACGCCUUGGAUCAGAGGGCAGGCCAGUUUGUCAUUACGUUCCCUCAGGCCUAUCAUGCUGGCUUCAACCAUGGCUUCAACUUCAAUGAGGCUGUCAACUUUGCCCCCUGCGAUUGGGAGAAGUUCGGACAGGCUGGAGUUGAGAGACUACAGCUAUUCCGCCGGCAGCCAUGCUUUUCUCACGACGAGCUCUUAUGGACGGCUGCAGAAGGCAGCGUGUCUUCGGGCCUUACCAUUCAAACGGCAAAAUGGCUGGCACCAGCUCUUGAUCGCAUAAGCCACCGUGAGCGAGUACAGAGAGAAGAGUUCCUUACGAAGCAUACCGAGGCGUCUCCUCAUAGAUGCCAAGUCCUCGGAGGAAGCGAAGACUCCUGCCCGCUUACCUUUAAGAUCGACGAUAGCGAUGUUCAGGAUGAAGAGGAGCAGUGCUGCAGCUACUGCAAGGCCUUUGCAUAUCUGUCUCGCUUCAAGUGCCAUCGUUCAGGGAAAAUCCUGUGCAUUUUCCAUGCGGGAACACAUGCCUGUUGCGAUAUGCCAGAAGAGAAGCGGUUGAGGGGCGAGGAGCAUACGCUCAUCUAUCGGAAAACCGAUGAUGACAUGAUAUCGAUAUAUCAAAAAGUUUCUGAAAAAGCUCGCACACCCGAAGCUUGGGAGGAAAAAUAUGAAAAGCUCCUCGAGGAGGAAGCUACUCCCUCGCUUAAAACUCUUCGGACACUUUUGCACGAAGGCGAGAAGAUCCCCUAUGAACUGACUUCUCUUCCUAUUCUGAGGGAAUUUGUGGACAAAUGUAACGACUGGGUCGAAGAAGCCACCAACUACAUUGUCCGAAAGCAGCAGAAUCGCCGCAAAAACGAGAAAGUCUGGCAAAGUAACGGGCGUCGUGGAAGUGCCAAUAAUGAUCAGAAGGACAAGGACAAGGACAAAGACAAAGAGUCGCGCCACGUAAGCAACAUCCACCGCCUGCUUACGGAAGCAGAGCACAUUGGCUUCGAUUGCCCCGAGAUAGCACAGCUUCAAGAGCGGGCAGCCGCUGUGAAGCAGUUCCAGGAUAACGCCACCACCAUUCUCAAACAAAAUAUCGCCCAUCCCAUCGGAGCGAUUGAGGAGUUGAUUGAAGAGGGACGUGGCUUUAACAUAGACACCCCGGAGCUGGAGGCCUUGUGUCGGAGACUCGAAGAAUUGCGCUGGAACGAGAAAGCCAGGACAAGCCGUGGCCAGUUUUUGCUGUUGGCAGAAGUGCAAGAAAUCAUUGAAGAAGGGAAGCGGCUAGAGAUCCCUAGCUACAAUGAUCACCUAAAGUACUACUGCGACAAAUUGCAGGCGGGCCAAGCCUGGGAGGCAAAGGCUAGAGAACUUACCCAUGCCGAGUUUGUCCACUAUCCUCAGUUGGAGGCACUCACGGCCCAGGUACAAGCCAAUGCUCUCCCCGUCUCUCGCGAGACGCUGGCUGCAGUCGACCAGAUACUCCACAAGCAGCGUGAGGCGCACCGCCAGAUCAUCGACCUUACCGAUCGGUGCCGCGACCCCGAUUACAGAAAGCGGCCCAAGUACUCCGAAGUUGUCGAAAUCACGAGGAAGCUGGAUGACCUCAACUCGAAACCCACCGGCACUGUCGACCUGGAGAAUGAGAGAAAGCGUCAUGAGGACUGGAUGCGAAGGGGCAAAAAGCUCUUUGGGAAGUCUAAUGCACCAUUGCAUAUUCUCAAAAGCCAUUUAGAACAUGUCCUUGAGCGGAACACUGACUGCUUCGAUACGGAUCACGACACCCCCCGCCUUCCUGGAGAGCCCGUUUCGAGAGAAGCCAGCCCAGAGGCGGGAGGAAAUCGGUGGGAAGAUCCACGAUCGAGGCAGGUAUUCUGUAUCUGCAGAAAAAUCGAAGCCGGUAUGAUGAUUGAGUGCGAGUUGUGCCACGAAUGGUACCACUACAAAUGCCUAAAGAUUGCCCGUGGCAAAGUAAAGGAAGAUGACAAAUAUACUUGCCCGAUAUGUGACUGGAGAAUGAAGAUUCCUCGCGAUGCAUCUCGGCCCAAGCUGGAAGAUCUCAUUUCUCUUGCCGACGAGAUACCAGGCUUACCCUUCCAACCGGAAGAGGAAGAGGUUCUUCGGUCGAUAAUAGAUAACGCACAAAACUUUAGAGACAAGAUUGCCCAGUACUGCAACCCUCUUCUUUCGACGGAAGCCGAGGCUGAAACCCAGCGAUUUUUCCUCCGGAAACUUGAGGGCGCAGAGAUUCUGCUAUCAUACGAGACCAACUUCUUCCGUCAAGAGCUUCACAAGUGGUGUCCGGUCGCGCCAGAGCCACCGCCAAUUCUGCAGGUCUCUUUGAGCACGCGCAAACCUCGCCCCACGAAGCUCCAGAAGAUGCUGGUGGAAUACGGAGUCGAUAAUCCAGACGACCUCCCGGAGCACGCAAAAGGCAAGGCGAAUAGCUUGCGACGGAAAGCAGCGAAUGCGGAGGCGGCAGCGGCAGCGGCUCAGGCGCCAACGGCUAUGCCCAGCGUGCCCAAUCCACACAAUGCAGCAUACGGACCGCAGGCUUACUUCUCUCGCGCGUCCCAUUCAACAACUCCAAGCAUCUCUGCUAAUUCGCACGGGCAUGCAGAUGAAAAGUCUGAAUCGCCUUCGGAAAGCGGUGGUAUCAAGCUGGGGUCCGCUGAAGCAGAGAGUAACUUGCAUCCCAGUUUCCUGCGCGCUGGUGGCCUGCACUUGGCGGGUGAUGACUCAAGCAUGUCACUUGAGGAGCGGUUUACGCGUGGCCAGGACGAUGCGGAGAAGAACAAGGGCCUUGGAAUGUUUACUCGCUCUGAGCUGGGGAGAGACCAGGCCGAAGGGGUAUGGGGAUCAGAUUGGAGUAGCAGACAAAGAUCCAUGAGUGAGCACGGACGGUCCAUGACUCCCGCUGACUUGGACGAAAACAUGAAGCACGACGACGGCAAGGUUGACCAAAUGUUUAAAGAGAUGACGAAUCAAGACGAAGACGAAGAUCAAAAGAAGAAGGAUACCACGAUGACGAACGGAAACGUCACAGCAGACUUAUUAGAAAGCGAGAGGAAUGGGUUGGAUGCGAUGUUGGACGGAGAGUAG